UAAUGUACUUAUACUUUUAUGUUAUAGCAUAAAAAACUAUAUAUAUAUAUAUAAUAUGGCUUGUCCAACGAUAUUGCCAAAAGCAAAACAUACUGCUACUGUUAUUUUUCUACAUGGUCUUGGUGAUACGGGGCAUGGUUGGUUAGCAGGUUUUGAGGAUAUUGCAUUGCCAUAUGUGAAAUAUAUGUGUCCUAAUGCACCUGUACAAGCAGUCACCUUAAAUGCUGGGAUGAAAAUGCCUUCUUGGUUUGAUAUAAAAUCAUUAAGUUUUGAUGGUAAAGAAGAUGAUGAAGGAUUAGAGAAAUCAGCAAACUCAAUAAAGAAACUUAUUCAAGAAGAGGGGAAAAUUGGUAUCCCUGCAAAUAGAAUAGUUAUUGGUGGCUUUAGUCAGGGUGGCUCAACAGCCUUACAUACUUUUAUAACAAGUGAAGAAAAACUAGCUGGCUGUAUUGGAUUAAGUUCUUUUAUGUCUCAACACCAAAAAUUCCCAGCGAACCGUAAAGAAGCAAACAAAGACACACCCAUACUCAUCGGACACGGUGAUGUAGAUCCAAUUGUGAAAUAUCAAUUUGGUAUGAUGACUAGCACCGUUCUCAAGCAAUACUAUACUGAUGUAACCUUCAAUACAUACAAAAAUAUGGUGCAUAGUUCAAGUCCAAAGGAAAUGAAUGACGUGGCAGAGUUCUUAGAGAAAGUGUUACCAAAUUCUUCGUGAUCUCGCACCGUAUUUAACAACACUGGAUGAUUUAUUAAAAAAAUAAAGUGACGAUGCUAAUCCAUUUACUGUUAAUGUUAUGAUGACUUGCAAAGAUAGAUACGUUGCAUAACAUUACUUUCUUUAAUACCAUUCAAUUUAUAAGUUCAACCCAAAAAAUGUUUCAUAAAAACAGGAAAAAGAGGUGAUCAAUAAGGCACAGCUUUGUUUUUUGUGAUUGCA